AUGAAUGAAAAUGGGGAUAUUGAUGUUUUAGCAAUCUAUGGAGGCAAUUGUGAAAAGAUAAUCAAAUAUAGUUGUAGUACUUGUGAUCAGUGUAUCAAAAAUAAUCUACUCGCAACCGUGAAAUAUUAUAAAACCUAUGGUCCACGUUACAUUGGUACACUCAAAUUAUCUCAGUUUUCACAAUGGGAUACUCUAAUAAGCAAAGGUGAAGCAACUGAUACCGAUAAAUCAAUUAUUAGUGCAAUGUCACAAAAUGAAGCUAAUCUAGAUGGCAUACAAGCAUACGAUAGUGAAAUUUUAACUGCUGGUGCAAUGCAAAAGACAAUAAAUCCCAAGGGUCAAGGUGAAUUUGCACAACAAGUUUAUGAAUUUAAGCAACAAUAUCCAGCUGCCUAUAAACAUUUAUUUGAAGAUUGUGUGUGGAUCGGAUCUUCACGGAAGAUCAUGUCUUAUAAAGGAGUAACAGGUGAAGCAUUAAAAAAAGCUCUGCGACAAGAUUUUUCAACCCCGACAAAAAGUUUACAGAGCUCUAAAGCUCUCGGUCCAUUAGUUUGUGCAAAUUCAC